GUUGGAGAAGCGUGAGAAAGUCGUGGAAGGGUAUUCGCCUGCGCUGAUUUUUCUCCGCACAUCUUUACCCUGCUUUGCUGUCGCCAUCUGGAGCCAUACCCGCAAAAUCUAUUUCGAGAACACCCUGCUCGCCACACCCUCACAUCAUUCCCCAACAAGUCCUCCACAAAAUCCUGUCCCUAUUCAUCCCUCAACUGUCUACGACGUUGCAAUAUUGGCUUGGCCUUCCAUCUUGGUGCAGCACUGACGAUCGAGUCUCCAAACAUCGAUCUUUGUUGGACAAGCGCUGGGUCUACAGUACCAACUAACCGACGCAGUACGCCUGGGCCUCCUCGGGGUUAUCAUACAAUGCGAAUUCAAUGGGAAUCACGGUAUAGUACAAAAUAACGUCUGCAGCAAAGUAUCUCUCAGCAUCAACUAGUAUACACAUAAUUGGAAUCAAGCCGCCGCUCGCGAAGCAGUAUCGAAUCUACAGUUUGCAUCAGGUAAGAGUAAGCAUAGGCUGACGUCAAUCCAAAGCUGCAUGUAUAACGUGUGGGCCACCAUCGUGGCAGCGGAGAUGUCUUCAGCCGUCAAGGCCGCCAUGACCCUCAUCAUUCGUUCACAAAACUCCAUGGGCCCCGAGACAUGCGCAUAAACCACCCAUACACGACCCUGUCAUCCAACUUGCUCCAGUAUUGGCAUGCUUAUACACCAGAUUCACGCCGUCUAUGGGAACAACCAUGCGUGCUACGAUCGCUAUGCCAUUCUUCCGAAUCAUGCAUCACUGCGCCCUGCUGGGUCCUACUAUUUGCCAUCUCUCCACAUCGCCGUCAUCAUCAAUAUUCUUUCUAGUAUUCCACAAUCGUUGAUUCAACUUGGCACUACGCAAACAGAAACAUUCAAUGGCUGUGUUGUUCAACAUCCCCACUUGCCAGGUCCUCAUGUCCCUAGCAUACCUGAGACACCUAUCCAAUCAUGACUGCUGUGGGAUGGAAUUCCAACCAUGAUCACGUCUUCUGUUGGGAUGACGAUAUGCAAACAGAAGACAAGACAACCAGGAAGAAGGAGUAUAAAGAACCCGAUCUUCGUUCCAGUGUGUUGUACCACUCCUAAUACAUUUCAUUCGUUGAUCUAUUUGUCCAACAUGGCUGGCAAAUCGAUUGUUCUCUUCACCUUGCUGGCACCCGCCUUGAGCGCUGUCCUCCCUCGAGGCGGCGGUGGUGACGACAAGGCUGUCGAAACCGGAAAAGGUUGGAACGACUGGAAAGGUGAUGGCGCCCCUCCUGUCGCUGUAACCACCGUGGCACCCGAGCCAACCAAGAAGCCCGAAGAUGGUUCUUGGAAAGACUGGGACAACAAGGACGACAAGAAGGAUCAGCCCGCCCCAGCCCCUGGUCAUGAUGACAAGAAGGACGGUGACUGGAAAGACUGGGAGAACAAGCCAGAGCCAACACCAGUUCCCCUUCCCACGCCUGUUCCUGUCGAGGAUGACAAGAAGGACGGCGACUGGAAAGACUGGGAAGGCAAGAAGGACGAUAAGCCUGCUCCCACUCCCGCUCCAGCUCCAGGUCACGACGACAAGAAGGAUGGUGACUGGAAAGACUGGGAGAACAAGAAGGAUGACAAGCCUGCCCCGGCUCCCGCUCCAGCUCCAGGCCACGAUGACAAGAAGGACGACGACUGGAAAGACUGGGAGGGCAAGAAAGAUGAUAAGCCCGCUCCCGCCCCAGCUCCAGGCCAUGACGACAAGAAGGACGGUGACUGGAAAGACUGGGAGAACAAGAAGGAUGACAAGCCUGCUCCAGCUCCCGCCCCAGCUCCCGCUCCCGCCCCCGCUCACGACGACAAGAAGGAUGGUGACUGGAAAGACUGGGAGAAGAAGGACCAACCCGCCCCCGCCCCCGCCCCCAUUGAGAACAAGGGCGUCGACAACAAGGGUGAUGAAUGCAAGCCUGUCACCGUCACCGUGACAGUGACCGCCCCUGCUCCCGCCGAGAAGACCGACGAGGGCAAGCAAUGGGGUGACUGGAAGGGAGGUAACAAGGGUGGCAACAAGGAUGGCAAGGGACAUUAAACCUGUCGUCUUACCCCAAACGUACCCUACACUCUCUCGAAGGAUCCCAAUCCCAAGAUCUCACCAUUUUAAAAAAUUCUCCCUUAUAAUUU